CUCAUUACAGGUCAGCAGGUCAGCAGGUCACCAUGAAGGACCCCGGAGUAAAGCUGGACCUGUAUAACUACGACCUGCCUCAGCACGAGUCGUGUCCUUACAUCCUGACGAGUCCCAGGUCCUUGGAGGCUUGCAAGAGACUCGGGAUAAAGCCCGUGGAGCUCCUGCAGAAGUCCAGGGAGGAGUACCAGGCCGCCCACCCGGGGACGUCCCUCGAGGAGGCUGUGGUCGCCUUCCAUCGCCAGGAGAGGAACAGACUCAAGCGUCUGCGUGAGGCGAGGGAACUAAGAGACAGGCUGCUACUUGCGGAGGAGCGCCGCGCCAGACAGGAAGCGUCGGGCGCGAGCGGAGCGGACACCGCAGAGCCUCCUGCAGGAGAGUCAUCCGAAGAGGGCGAGAAGGGAGAACGGGAGAACUCAGAGCAAGAGAAGGAAGAAGGAGAAGGAGGAAGAGGAGGAGGAGGAAGAGAGCAAGGAGAGGCUCCAGGAAGCGGGAAGGCGCGGGUCAUCCUCGCCUCCUUCGCUGGUGAAGAAGGAGAGCGAGGCGUCCAGCGGCAGCUCCAGCGCCUCGGCGAAGGCGCAGAAGGAGCAGGAGAACUUCGCCAGGAGUUUGGUGCAGCGCCAGGACUUUACAGUACCCAGAAGCAUUUGCACAGCAUCAAUGGCCAGCAUCUCUUCAUCUCGCCAGAUGCUAGAAACUUAGACAGAUUCUAA